AUGCCGCGCAAAGCUUUCUUCACAACGGAGGACGCGAAGGCGGCUUUCAACCUCUUCUGUUGUGUCUACGGCAUUGGAACGCUUGGUAUGCCCGCCAACUUCUCGCGUGCCGGCCCCUUCAUCGCGGUCAUUGCUAUGGUUUUCAUGGCCUUCGCCAACACGUAUUCUUCGGUGGCUAUCUGCCGUGUCAUGCUCAUCGCUCCGCGUUCGGUCAAGACCUACGGUGAUCUCGGUGAAUGGUGCAUGGGCAAAACUGGCCGCUACCUUUCUGUCGUCUCCCAGAUGGGUAAUUGUCUCUUGGUCCCUUGUGUGUUCCUGGUGCUUGGCGGUAGCCUUCUCGAUGGUCUCUUCCCGGGGGCCUUCAGUGCCACGACGUGGAUUAUCCUCAUGGCUCUCGCUUGUCUGCCUGUGUGCUUGGUGCCGACUCUGAAGGAAGGAGCUGGUGCUGCCUUUGCUGGAUGCAUGGGUACGCUUGUUGCUGAUGUUAUCGGUGUCGCCGUUGUGAUGCACGGCAUGCGUGGUCACCCGAGCGUGCCGACUCCUGAUCUCAACUUCAAGCAAGUCGCUGGAGCAUUCGGUAACUUGGCUCUCGCCUACGGUGCUGGUAUCGUGAUUCCUGCCCUCCAGCGCCAACACAGUGACCCCACCCGGAUGCCACGUGUGGUUGGCGUGACAAUUGCUUUCAUUUCGUGCUGUUUCCUGGUUCUUGCCAGUACUGCAUACUCGUCUGUUGGGUGCCAGAUCUCGGGUAACCUCCUGUGGUCGAUCUACCCCGACUCAGACACUGGUCUGACCACGCUUGGCUUCGCGUCGGACUGGGGUAUGGUCGUUCUCGCCUACCUCUUCAUGCAACUGCACAUUACGAUCGCCUUCUCCGUCAUCCUGAACCCUGCAUUCUACAUCGCCGAGCGCAUCGUGCUUGGAAUGCACAAGCCUACCGUCGCUGAUGUGGAGAACAAUCUGCUUAGUUAUGCCGAUGCUGCUACUCCUGGUGAUGGCGCAGAGCGCUCGGAGAAGGAGUCCCGUGCCUCCAAGCGCUCGUUUAUCUCUGUUGCCGAUAACGAGAACGUGCACCUUGGUGAACCGGAGGAGGAGGCCGCUGAGUACCGUGGGGUCAACACCAUCAAAUACGUAAUUCUUCGUAUCGUGAUUAUCAUCAUCUUGGUGAUCGCAUCAGUGCUUCUAAAGGACCAUUUUUCUGACCUAGCGGACUUUGUCGGAGCGUCGUGUAUUACGGUGAAUUCGAUCCUUCUGCCGAUUGUGUUCCUGUUGAAGAAGAAAUGGGACUCGCUUCCGAUGUGGGAGAAGCUCCCAGCCCUGACAGUCGUUGUGGUGUGCUUCUGCCUGGGCUGCUACGUGACCUACACGUCGGGCAAGAAUUUGUUUGCUCCAAGCGACGAUGAUACGGCGUUCCCGUUCUGCGCAUCGGAAUUCGAGAACAACGUGUACUACAACUACACGGCCGAACAUGAAACCUAA